AUGAGCACUCUAUACUCUAAGAGAAGAACCUACAGCUGUAUGAAAAAUCUGAAUGAGGAAUCCCUCUCUGAUUUGGAUCAUCUAGUUCUCCUUAAUAAUUAUCUUCAACAUUCCGAUAAAGAACAAGUGAAUGGUUCUAAAAAGAGAAAGUUGACUAGCAAUAACAGAUAUAUUCCAAACAAAGUAAUCAUUAAAGAGGAAGAAAAAGAAACUGAAGAUUCUACUUAUUCACUUACAUCUAUUCAAUUGAAUCCUGAUUUUUGUGAAGAGAUAGAGCUGAGAAUGAAAGCAUUGAGUUCCAGAAUGGAUGAAACUCUCAAGAAACAAGAGGUAUAUUUGGAAAAGUAUGCCAGCAAACAAGUUAUCCAAAAGAAAGAAGCAGCAGAUGAUUGGAAAGAAGCUCUUUGUAAAAUAUAUUUCCCUUCCACUGAAUAA